CCGGGGCCACCGGGGCACCACCGUGGCGAUGCUGGACUACCAGGACCAGCAGCAGCAGCAGCAGGAGGAAGAGGAGGAGGAGGCCGACGGGGGGCUGAUGAUGGAUUUCACUGUGGAGCGUUCCUUAGCAACCAGCGCGUUGCAGCUGCAAGCCUCGACUUUCAAAAGAAGUGAACGUGUUCCCGUGUUGGAGGCGGCUCCACCUGUGAACCCUGUAACCAAAGAGGACUCUUCGCCGGCCGCUGUGGACGAGCCGAGCGAUGAGGACGUCGUUCUGAUAAAGGAGGAAAUGUCAGGAGAGGAAGAGACGAAGGAGGAAGACACAGCAGCAGACAACAAGCUGCUUCUCAAAGAGGAUGGAACGGAGGUGCAGCGGUCGGACGUAGACGACAGUGAAGAAGGACCGUCUGGACUCGUCAUCUCCACCUGCUCGACUGAAGCGAGGACCGCGUGGGAACACGGCAGCAGCAGCAGCAGACCGCCAGAUCGACUCGAGCCUCGAUUCGAAUCCCACAGUGUGCCAGGGUCUCCGGGCCCAGCGGGGGGCGCCAACGCCGACGACAGCUCUUCAGAUGUCGUGUUUGAUUUUGCGUCGGAGUCGGACUGCGAGACCACAAGAAAACCGUUCCUCUCCGGGUCGGGAGGAAGCCCCGCCUCCAUGCACGGGACGUCGGACCUGAAACGAGGCGUGUCCCUGAUCAGCUCCCUCCCCUACGACACAGAGCUGGAUCUGUGCUCCUCGUGGACCAAUCAGGGGCUGCCGAGCAUGAUGACCGUCCCUCACCAGCAGUACCUCAAACCGGACCACCGGCCGUCACUUCUGGACAAAGUGUCAGACUUGAACGCUGCCAGUUUCCCGUUAGCGCUGGGCCUCGCCGCCUCCAGACUGGAGCCUCUGGACCUGAACCGGUACUGCAGGGACCGCCGCUUCGUCUGCAGCUACUGCGGCAAAUGCUUCACGUCGUCGCGGAGCCUGGAGACGCACGUCCGCGUUCACACCGGCGAGCGACCUUACAGCUGCGCUCAGUGCGGGAAACGCUUCACGCAGUCGGGACACCUGAAGACGCACCAGAGCGUCCACACGGGGGAGCGGCCGUUCGCCUGCGAGCACUGCGGCAAGAGGUUCGCCGGGAAGCAGAACCUGAGGAUCCAUCAGCAGAAACAUCACCCUGCCGAGCAGAGCGCCGCCGCCGUUUAACCGUUAGCUUCCUGAUACAGACGCACUGAUGGUACUGAGACGGGUCCGAAC